GUUCUGGAUAUCCAAGAUCCCGACAGUCGUGGGCAGCACCUGGUUCGGGAUCGGCAUCUACAUGGGCUACCUAGAGCUGAUCAACAUGGAUGUCGACCUAUCCAAGGAGCGUGCCAACCUGCUCUGGUGUGACUGGCAAGCGCUGUACACGGUCCUGCGCGAGGACAAGUCGGAAAAAGACGAAGGUGGGCAACCGACCUCAUCCACGGAGAAUGACGACGACAGCAGUUGCUGCGAUGUCUACUGGUAUCAGCCGCUCUCUUCCAUACUUGGAUGGGUGAUCUACUUGGUCGGCGCCAUUCUGUAUGAGGUUGCAAAUCUGGCAGAUGCCUUCACCCUGUCGCAG